CCUGGCACGCGCGCGCAAACGACGGACGUGUCCAGAUUAAUUAUCACCAGCUCAACGGCACUUCACCACCUCUGCUCCCUCCAUCCUCCCUCCAACGACGCAACCCGCCCAAUGCCACGAUAGCUGGAGGCCCCCAUGCAAUAGUCACCCGCCAUGUACAACUCCCUCACCCGCAUCCAAAACACCUUCGGGUUCUUCACCACCGUCGCCUUCGUCGUCGCCGCCCUCAUCGCCGCCUCCGACUUCCUCACCCCGCGCACGCCUGCCUCUGGCCUCCUCGCGCCCACGAACGUCCAAGUUGUCAAGGGCCGCCCGCACUACUACAGCUCCAAGAAGGAGGAGUACGCCAUCAUCAAGUUCUCCCUCGACGCCGACCUCUCGUCUUUGUUCACAUGGAACACCAAGCAGCUCUUCGUCUACGUUACCGCCGAGUGGCCUGGCCCCGAAAACGCCACCAAUGAGGCUGUCAUCUGGGAUUCAAUCAUCACCAAUCCCAGCGCCGACCACCUACAGAACAUUGGCCCCGUCGCCAUGAAGAAGCUUAAGCGCAGCGCUGAGGGCAAGACGAUUGAUCCUAGCCGCGGCCUGCUCAAGCUCCGAAACCAGAAGCCCAAGUACCAGAUCACCCACCCAAGCGGCAGGAUCGCUGAGAAGGAAGAUGUUACCCUCAAGCUGCACUACAACGUCCAGCCCUGGGUUGGCCUCCUGACUUGGAACCAGGAUCAGGAUAUUGGCCCUUGGAAGAAGUUGGCUGGCGGCAUGAGUAAAACCUUCAAUCUUCCCGCCCUCAAGAAGAAGGACGAGAAGAAGAAGAAGAAUACUUGAGUUCAGCCAGCAGAGUAGGUUCAUGUCACAGCUGGGGAUGUAAAACUAUAUAUAGCAUGUAAAGGCGUUUAAUGGACUGGUUACGGACACUUG